AUGGGAGCGAACAGUCAAUCAGUGUUCAUAGGGACCACCUCAUCGGUGAUCCUAGAGAUAGGAAAAGUGAAAGUGGCUAACGUACAUCUAGAUGUUAGACUUCGAGUUUGAGCGAAUUCCGGGGAACAAGAACAGAGCGGACGGGUUGAGUCGAGUCGACUGGGACAAAAACAACCAAGGAGUAAUCGAGGAUGCUCCACCAGUUGACGGGUUCCUGGACAGUGAGGAGGAUGUGAGGCUUCACAUCAACUCCUGGUCAUUGGCCGUGGGUAACUAUGUUACUUCUGGGCGACCUGUGUGGCUUGCGCCGCCAGGACAUGUACGACGACCAGACCUAGUCCUCAAGCCCUAUAUUGAAGAAGACUCUUGGGGAAUGACAGGCGUGGAUUGGAUGAUGGAGUUGGCUUUAGCAGACAAAUACCAGCUACAUGAGGACUUGCUCACGAUUGAGGACGGGGCGCUGCAGGUGGGUAAGCACGAGAAAGUGAUAGGUGGGAUGUAUUUAUUGGCGAAUGUGCUGCUUCAGGAAGAGGCGGUCAGGAAUACGGUGCUAGAUCAGGAAGAGGUGGUAGACCAGGAAGAAGGUGACAAUGUGAUCCACGAGAGGGAAUAUAAUGACUUUGAAGAAGGAGAGAUUAAGGAAUCAUUUCGAGCAGAGGAAUAUGAAGGAGCAUACCUUGAACUCAGAAUGCUUCUGUCGUGUGAGAUGAGGGAAAAGGAAGCUUGCGCGAGAGUUCUGAAGAUGAGGCCAAGCUUUCUAGUAAGGGAUGACUAUAUAUUCAUGAGAAGCAAAGGGAAGACUCCCAGAAGAGUAGUCUGCGGCGUUGCUCGCCAGAUUGACGUUAUGGCGGCACUGCACGAUGGUACGGCGGGUGGCUACAGAAGUACAGAUACGACAUAUCUGAAGAUACACGAACUGUACUACUGGGAUGACAUGGGACAAAUGAUUGAUGAUUACUGUAAAUCUUGCGUACCAUGCCAGGAGCGAUCCUCUCUUAGACCUAGAGAGCCGCUGCACCCAAGAUACGUUCGUGAAGUUGGAGCAGUCGUGCACCUCGAUUUGUUGGCAAUGCCGCUGGGGAUAGGGAGUUACAACUUUAUCUUUGAUGCGCGGGACAACCUCUCUGGAUUUGUGGAUGGCCGGGGCAUUCGCACGAAGAUUGGGGAAACGCUGGCCCGAUGCAUCGAAGAAUAUUAUCUUCGCUACCCCUUUGUCUUUAGGUUCGUGAUGGAUAGAGGGUCUGAGUUCAUCUGUGCGGAAAUAAAGACUCUUUUGAAGAGGUAUGGGGUAAUCGUCGAAUAUACUACUGCGGCGCACCCUCAAGCUAAUGCACCGGUGGAAAAAGGGCAUAACACCAUCACGAAUAUUCUCGCCAAGUGGACUGAUGGCAGGCCCAAUCAGUGGCUGAGUUUUCUAAGGGUCGCUUUCCUCGUUGAUAAUAUCACUGUCAGGAGAAGCACCGGCUACGCACCGGCGACGUUAUGGUAUGGCAGGCAUGCAACGUUCCCUAUCGAAAGUUUCCUAAAGACCUGGAGGCGGCAGGACCUCGAGACUGAUCUGACGUUUGAAGAGCUGCUUGACUUAAGGGCACGUCAGAUUGGCGCUAUAGAGGACAAAAUUGAGGGAGCAGCGAGUAGGGUGGCGGCCAACCGUACCCAAGACAAGUACAGGUGGGAUAAGAUGGCGAGGGUAAGGAAAGAACCCCUCAAGGUGGGAGAUAUUGUGUUGUUAUAUGACUCAUCGCUGGAGAAGUUGUGGUCACGGAAGCUAGACAAGAGGUGGUUGGGAUCAUACAGGGUUACCAGAUGUGGUGAACAUGGUGCUUACCAGAUUGAGGAGUUGAAUGGGACGGCAUGGAAAAACUGGGUGUCAGGCUCGAGACUAAAGAAGUUUGUUGCUCGAGACGAGGACUUUGAGAGGAAGAUGGAGGGUUUGCACCCAUCACCAGUGGGGAGAGAUGGACAGCCCAUUCGAUUUGACUCCACUAACCUGGGGGAGUUCCUAUGGGCCUAUGACUGGUAUGCAAAGAAGCUGGAUAUCUCAGGAGAGCAGAGGAUGGGGAGCUUCCUCCUGUAUGUGAGACGCCACAUCAGACCCUUCGUCAGAUCUAUUGUGGCGCCGACUAUGAGCUGGGGACAGUGCAAGAAGUUGUUGUGGAACUACUAUACUCCAGCACGCCGGGCAAGUGGAAGAGGGAGUCUGGAAAAGAGAAGGAGGGAACCAGAGGCGGCUGAAAGAAGGACUUUUGAGCAGGGUAUGUCUUCAGGGACUCAACGGGAGGACAGGAGGAAGGAGCACAGAACCCAUAGGCACGAGAGAGCAGGAGGGUCAGGUGGUCCAAGGGUGCCUCCACAACCUGCUCAGAUGGAAAUGGAUUGUCCAAUGCUAGACAUAGAGCCAGACAGGUCUCAUGAGCCACAUGUGCAGGAGCACAAGGAGGAACAGUCUGCCCAGGAGAAGGAACUGGACAGGAAAGAGAGAGUGGCAAGGGAUCAGGAGAUCAAGGUUCAACUCAGGAUGAAGAACCUUGUUGAGCUGCAUGAGAGGAUGCAGCAGGGAAAAAAGUUUGAGGAAGUGGAGGACAAGAGUGGAAAGGGCACUUGCACUCAGGAAGAGGACCUUCCCCUAUUCUCAGAGGUAUGGGUCAACUUUGACAAGUUGAUGGACGCUCCAGGGAGAUCUGGAGGGCAUCAUCAGGAGAUGGGGGUCAAGCUGGUCUCUACAGACCUACUCAACCUGAGGGGCGUGAUGAAGGAAGGCUUUGCAACAGCCAGAGCUUCAGAUCAAAAAGUUGGAGAGAGGUUGACAAAGGUGGCACAUAAAGUAUAUAGCCAAAGAGUGGAAUGGGAAAGAGAGAUUGAAGAGUUGAAGAAGGAAUUGGGAAGACAGAGCAAAGAGGUGGAGGCAGUGAAAGCAGAUAUGGAGAAGGUUUGGGCAGAGAACGAGGCCGUCAGGCAAGUCAACCAGACCCUUAACAAGGUCAAUGACGUCCUGAGGGCCUACUUACAGGCUCAACAGGUCUCCUUCCAAGCAAAGGAGGCUGAGUGGGAGAAGAGGAUACAAGGCCUUGAGGUCAAGUGUACAAGACAGGCCCCUACUGCAGUGGUGGAUUGGACAGAGGUCCAAGGGUUUGAGAUCAGGGAACAACCUGCAGAAGAAGCCUUCAAAACCCAGAAGGAAGAAGAAAGGGCAGACCAACAAAAAGACGAAGAAAUUCCUCUAAUAGAUAAAGAGAUGUUGGAGCCGCAAGGGACACUGACUGAGAGGGACUCAGAGGUCGGAGGCUUUGAGUGGAGGAUGCCGGUUGGCCUGACACUUGGGCAAGAGCCGGCGAUGCCAGAAGGGAGGUCACCAACAAAGGCCAUAGGAGUUGAAGUAGUCCUACCUAUAGCCCAGGGAGAGACCAUGGGGCAACAGGACGGUCAGGAGAGCGUGAGCCAGACCAUGGUUGAAACUGAGUCGAGGGUGGACUUGAAGGGACGUCAGGGAUCGGCUUUACCUCAGGAUCUACCUCUUGUGGCAGGGUUGCGGGACGCUUUGGGAUUUUGGGCCACUGGUUCGGGGCCAGAGGGACGUGUCGGCGGGCAGGUGAUGCAAGCAGAGGACAGAGCGCCAUGCCCCACUUCCCUAGAGGUCCCACAACAGGAGGUCACGAGUAAGAUCUCGACAGUCCCGUCAUCAGUACCCUCGCAGGAAGGAGACAAGAUGUCUCAGAAGAAGAUUGGCAAAUGCUUUUACUGCAAGAAGGGCAAAUAUCGAUCUGAUGACUGCCCCAAGAGCCUUAAGGAUGAGGCAAAUGGGUUGGUUACCAGAGAGUCAUCUGGAGUGUGGAGAGAUAAAAAUGAAAUUCUGGUUCCUAAGACUCGUGAUGGGGUGAGGCCGCAGUUGUAUAGGCAACUGCAGGAGAUCAUGAGUGAUCAGGAGUAGGAUUCUUUUAAUAAGGUUCGGAAAGGUCUGAGUCUAGUAUACGGAAG